AACCUCUUCCUUCCCGACACCGACGGACGACUCCCGAUCAGCCUGAUGUCGAGUGAAAUUAUCCAGGAGUCGCUGGCUCGUGAAUACACUAUACUAGAGCAAGAAAAGGAAAAAGCCAAGAAUUCUGCCAGUUGUAGAGAGGUUUUCGAAGAAGCGUUACUCCUCUUGGUCCUGUGUCUGGAGUUCAACCCGCAUGUGAAUUCUCCCGACAACCCUGAUGAGCGCUGGAGGACCGUCCUUGCGUGGGUAUUGUCCGUUCAUGGAAAUGGUAUCGCAUCCGAGGGAAACAGAGACUGGAUUCAAGAUAUUUUUGACAACAUUGCAAGAAUUUGCCAAAGGAAAAUGUGGAUAAUGAGGCUAUUAAACAAGCUGAGGAAACUGAGGAAAGCGACUACAAAGUGCUUUUGGAGUCGAUAAGUAAAAUACACCAGGCAUAUUGGAGAGAAUUCAGUGAACUAAGUGCCGUAUUUGGGGAUGUCUCUUCAGGAUCUUUACAUGAAAAUAACCUCGAUCCACUACUGAAGUCGGCCAUGAUCAAGGCCUGUGAGAAAGAUAUGCCUCUCUUCUUACACCUGCUGACAUGCGUGGCUGGUGCCAACGUUAGUGAGAAGAUUGACGAAGUGUGUGGAGGAUUCCCACUCCACUACGCAGCUCUUCACAACAAUAUGUCUGCAGCCAGGUACAUUCUGAGCCAAGGAGCCUCACCGAGUGUGCAGGACCGCUUCGGCAACACACCUGCCCACUACGCGUACAUGUUCGGGCACCAGGAGGUUGGGGACUUCCUUAAAACUGAUAUAAAGAACAACAAUGGCCUUCCUGCUGAAUCUAGGCUUAAAGGGUACAACCAUUACCUGAAACUGUAUAAACU